AUGAAACUCAACCGAGAACAUUUUCACGCCAUAAUUUAUUACAACUUUCAGAGACAAUUAUCGCAACAAGAAUGCCUUGCUGAGUUACUGUCUGUUUUCGGCAACGAAGCGCCACAUCAGUCGACAAUUUCCCGUUGGUAUGGAGAAUUCAAACGUGGAUGGGUGAGUCUUAGCGACGAUCCCAGGGAAAACGUCGAUGCUGUGCGCAAACUCAUCAUUGAAGAUAGACAUGUGACAUAUCGCGAGAUUGAGGCGUCCUUGAAGAUCUCAAAGACCUUAAUUCAAAAAAUUUUACUUGAAGAAUUAGGAGUAAGAAAAUUAGUUUCUCGUUGGAUACCCCACCUGUUGACUAAAGAGCAGAAAGCAGCCAGGGUUAGUGGUGAUGAAUCGUGGAUUCACUGUUAUGAACCAGAAAAUAAACGACAGUCUUCUGUUUGGGUGUUCCAAGGUGAAGAAAAGCCAACAAAAGUCAUCCGUUCUCGAACGGGUCAUAUUGCAACAAUUCCUCUUAAUGAGCAAAGAAAUGUUACUGCGGAUUGGUAUACCAUCAUUUGUUUGCCAAAAGACAUCACCGAGCUUCGAAAAAUCAACCCCGAAAGAAAAAUCAUCCUCCACCAAGACAAUGCAAGCUCGCACACAGCCCAAAAAACAAGGCAGUAUUUAACGGAAGAAAACGUGGAAUUAUUGGACCAUCCUCCAUAUAGUCCCGAUCUAAGUUCUAACGAUUUCUUUACUUUCCCCAAAAUUAAAAACAGACUGCGUGGUCAAAGGUUCCAGUCACCAGAAGAAGCAGUUGACGCAUUCAAAAAUGCCGUUUUGGAUCUGCCAGCAAACGGGUGGAAUAAGUGCUUCGAAAAUUGGUUCGAGCGCAUGCCGAUGUGUAUUAAUCUUCGUGUCGAACUUCGUACAUCCAGAAUUGUCCGAUACGACCGCUCCUUAAACAGUCGGAUUAACAAAGUUUCUUUAAGCUCCUCAUAG